CCCAACCUCCCGGCGGCGAGCGCAGGCGGCUGGGGCCACCGCACCUGCAGGACAUUCGCUACUGCGCCGCUCGCCCCGCGCCCUCCCCGUCGCGCAGGGUCGCCGAUGACCCCCCAGAGUCCCGGCUGGCGACCAUGACCACUUCCCUGCAGGAUGGGCAGAGCGCCGCCGGCCCGGCGGCCACCCAGGACUGGCCUAUGGCCGCCCAGGUGUGCGGCGCUGCCCAGGGGAGGGGCGACGCCCAGGACCCGCCGCCGGGUCCCCCGCUGCACCCGCGCGCGCUGCCACCCGCUCCAGACGCCACCCGCCGCCGUGCCGCAGACAGGAGAAACAAGAAAGAUCCGGAUGUUCUGGAAGUACCAUCUAUUCCAAACCCUUUUCCUGAGCUCUGCUGUUCUCCACUUACAUCUGUGCUGUCAACGGGCCUCUUUCCCAGAGCAAAUUCAAGGAAGAAACAGGUGAUCAAAGUCUACAGUGAGGAUGAGACCAGCAGGGCUUUAGAAGUGCCCAGCGAUGUCACAGCCCGAGAUGUUUGCCAGCUAUUGAUUCUGAAGAACCAUCAUGUGGAUGACCACAGUUGGACGCUUUUUGAGUGCGUGCCUCACAUAGGUGUAGAAAGAACAAUAGAAGACCAUGAACUGGUCAUGGAAGUUCUCUCUAACUGGGGAAUGGAAGAAGAAAAUAAGCUGUAUUUUAGAAAAAAUUAUGCCAAAUAUGAAUUCUUUAAGAACCCAAUGUAUUUCUUUCCAGAGCACAUGGUAUCUUUUGCAACUGAAACCAGUGGUGACAUAGCCCCUACACAGGUUCUACAGAUGUUUCUAAGUUCAAGCACAUAUCCUGAAAUUCAUGGCUUCUUACAUGCAAAAGAACAGGGAAAGAAGUCAUGGAAAAAAAUAUACUUCCUCCUAAGAAGAUCUGGUUUAUAUUUUUCUACUAAAGGGACUUCAAAGGAACCACGGCAUUUGCAGUUUUUCAGCGAAUUUGGCACAAGUGAUAUUUACAUGUCGCUGGCAGGCAAAAAAAAGCGUGGAGCACCGACUAAUUAUGGAUUCUGCUUUAAGCCUCACAAAGCAGGAGCUCCCCGAGACCUGAAAAUGCUCUGUGCAGAAGAGGAGCAGAGCAGGAUGUGCUGGGUGACCGCCAUUAGAUUGCUUAAGUAUGGCAUGCAGCUGUACCAGAAUUAUCUGCACCCAUUCCAGGGAAGAAGUGGCUGCUGUUCUCAGAGCAUAUCACCCAUGAGAAGUAUAUCAGAGAACUCCCUCGUAGCAAUGGACUUUUCGGGUCAGAAAAGCAGAGUCAUAGAAAACCCCACCGAAGUUCUCUCAGUAGCUGUUGAAGAAGGACUCGCCUGGAGGAAAAAAGGAUGUUUACGCCUGGGCAGUCACGGUAGCCCGACUGCCUCCUCCCAUAACUCUGCUGUGAACAUGGCCAUCCACCGGUCCCAGCCUUGGUUCCACCACAAAAUCUCUAGAGAUGAAGCUCAGCGAUUGAUUAUUCAGCAAGGACCUGUGGAUGGAGUUUUCUUGGUACGGGAUAGUCAGAGUAACCCCAAAACUUUCGUGCUGUCAAUGAGUCACAGGCAAAAAAUAAAGCACUUUCAAAUUAUACCAGUAGAAGAUGAUGGUGAAAUGUUUCACACACUGGAUGAUGGGCACACAAGAUUCACAGAUCUCAUCCAGCUGGUGGAGUUCUACCAACUCAACAAGGGUGUCCUUCCUUGCAAGUUGAAGCAUUAUUGUACUAGGAUGGCACUUUAGCCAAACUAUAUGUGACUUGUUAAACUAGUGAAGAAGAAGGACUCAUAGAAAACAUUUAAAGAGGGAGAAACCACAAAUGAGGGUGAAAAGAAUGCUGUGGUAAAAAGAAUAUAUUUCACUUGCAAGUUACAAAAGAAAUAGUUCAUGGAUUGCAGAUUAGCAAAGAUUGGAUUACAUUCAUCACUUAAAACUUAUUAGUUAAAAUUAAACCUUAGGAAAAAAAUGA